GAAGAAUCUUCCCCCUUAUGACGGUUUCAUCACGCGUCGCGACUCAACCCAGCGCUACCUGUCAAGUGGCCAACACCAUCAUUGCGUAUCGAAGAUGAGCAGACGGAAAGAAUCACGGGAUCCACUACGAGCGAGGACUUCACGCAUCAAAAAGCACACCGGCCAGCAGAAACAGAAGCGCAACUAUCCAGCAUGGUACAUUCGGCUUCUACGUUUGACUAUUACAGGGGAUAGAGAUGUGGAAGAGUACGACUUCGACGAGGACAUUUCUGAGUUGGAAGAGGACCCAGAUGAUGGCCCCGCAGAGGAACGCUUCUGUGACUGUGAUGGCGAGGAGGACCCCGAGUGUGUCUGCCAGAUUGAAGACCGAGAAUCCGAGAGAUCACACGAUGAUUCCGGGGCCGAGAAGAAAAAGGAAAAGGCAGAGUUGCGAGAAUACGACAGAACGAAGCAAGAUGAGGUUCGUGCUGCUUACCAGUCACUGAAGGAUAAGCGGCUGGUUCCCCAACAAAAUCCUGUUGAAUCUCUCGCUACAGGCUGGUUCGACUUGUUCAGCACCGAUCUCAUCGAUUUUUGCUACAUCACGGCAGCCAGCACCAAGCGCCGGUUUGACAUUGGAUAUCCCAUACAGGAGGACGGGAAAAUUGCCUCUGAGAGGCCGAAAGAUUGGGAUGGAAUCAUAUACUGCAGCAUCUAUAUCCAAGACGACGAGUUAUGCGAAUUUGAAUUCCCAGCCCCGAAAUACGCGAGCUUGGAACCUAUCACGCUGCGCUCUCACUAUGGAGGACAUAAAGUGUCCGUCAUCUUCAUAGGCAACGGCUACAUGAAAAUUACGCUCUCGCGGAAAUCCGUGUUCAUGGCCAGUCAUCGUCCAGUCUCGCCUGGUGCUCAGGAAUUUUUUGAGUUCUUCGGCAUCAUACGGGAUGAGGAAAAGGCUCGCGCGGAAGGGCUGGCAGCAGAAGAGAAGCGUGCGAGGGAACAGCCUCCGUCACCGCGUGAGACUUUCUUCGAGAUGUACCAUCCCAUGGGGUCGUGGAAUCAGUCAAGGUGGCUGUGA